AAAAUGGGAAAUAAAAUUAAACAAGAGGAGAUCAAUGGGAACAAUUUAGUAUACACAUAUGCUGGGGAUGAAAUUCUUUUUGGUUGUCCGCAGUGUGACGACAUCCUUAGAAAACUGUACGAAGAAAAUAAAAUGUUAAAACAAACCCUUGAAUACAACCAGCAGAACAGUAACCAGAUAAAGCAGUUUUACGAUGUUUCUCCGGUCCAACUUUCAUUAAGACGUUUACCAGCCCUAGUGGUAACUCUAAUUCUAGAGAUGUUGGGAGGACUAAUCAUAAACCAGCUUGAAGAUGUAAUUCGUGCACUAACCCUUAUUGUAAGUUUCAUGCCAGCAAUAUCUGCUCUAUCUGGAAACCUGGGACUUCAGGCAAGUGCAAACACUAUACGAGGUCUUGCCACAGGCCACAUUACACCAAAAAGUUAUGGUUCUAACAUCCUAAAAGAGAUAAAAUCUGGAUUAAUUUCUGCAACUUUUGUAGCUGUUGUUAUGUCAACAAUAGGAACCACUUGGACAUAUUUUGAUCAGGAUAGCUUGAUAAAUAAACAGAAUUUGAACACAACCUUUGUACCUGACCCACCCAGCCCAGCCAUGUUGUACAACGGUGUACAAGGGGUGUACAGUAGUUUAUCAAACUCAACCCAGAUGUACAUAAACCAGAGUAUACAUUCUAGUUUUCUAGAAACUUCCAAUGUAUCAGGGAUAGACUUUGAAAAUAUUCAAGAGAUAAGUCAGAAUACAUCCAGUACAUGUUUUCUAUUUGGUGGAGUACUAUUUGUCGGUACAUGGAUUUCUAUGAUGGUAUCUACAGUGAAUGGAGCCAGUACACCUAUUCUGGCGACAAUACUACAGAUUGAUCCAGCAAAAAUUGCUGGCCCUCUGGAAACAGCUUUUCAGGAUAUUGUGGGACAAUCUUUUCUUCUUGGUCUCAGCUACAUGGCAUUCCAUCAUAUCCAACAUCUAAUAUAAUUAUCUAGAAACAGUCAGAAACAACAAAAAUUAUAAAAAUUGUUUAAAUGAAUAUAAAUAAAAAUAAACUUUGCCGAUAAA